CAUGCAUAUUAGAUAUCUCAAUCGCUGUCUUGAUAAUUCUAUAAUAAACUUAUCUACGAUGGCUUCUUGAAAUUUCUAUAUAACCUCAGCUGCUUUUAUGCUUGCCAUCCACAACUCAGAAAAAAACAGCCAAAAGACCACAACACAAUGGAGAAAAGCAAAGUUCUCGUAGUAGGUGGUACUGGCUACAUUGGCAAGAGAAUUGUGCAGGCUAGCUUAGCUCAAGGUCAUAUCACUUAUGUUCUCCAGCGCCAUGAGAUUGGCUUGGACAUCGAUAAGUUGCAGCUUUUGUUGGCGUUCAAGAAGCAAGGGGCUCGACUCGUUGAAGCCUCGUUUUCUGAUCACCAGAGCCUGGUGAACGCGGUUAAGCAGGUUGAUGUUGUCAUCUGCACCAUGUCUGGAGUGCAUUUCAGGAGUCACAACAUAACCAUGCAGCUCAAGCUUGUUGAUGCCAUCAAAGAAGCCGGCAACAUCAAGCGGUUCUUGCCGUCUGAGUUCGGGAUGGACCCUGCACGAAUGGCGAACGCUCUUGAACCAGGAAGGGUAACAUUUGAUGAGAAGAUGGUGGUGAGGAAAGCAAUAGAAGACGCCAACAUUCCGUUCACUUACGUCUCGGCCAAUUGCUUUGCCGGGUACUUUGUUCCUAAUCUCUCCCAGCUUGGCACCCUCCUUCCCCCGAAAAACAAAGUGUGUUUAUAUGGUGAUGGCAGUGCUAAAGUGGUUUACAUGGAUGAAGAUGAUAUUGCAACUUAUACGAUCAAGAGCAUUGACGAUCCCCGGACGUUGAACAAAACAUUGUACAUUAGGCCGAAGGAAAAUAUCCUUACUCAGAUGCAGCUGAUCGAAAAGUGGGAAAGACUCUCUGGAAAAAAGCUAGAGAAACUCAACAUCUCUGCCGAGGAUUUCUUGGCUUCCAUGGAAGGAAUGGACUAUGCUUCGAAAGUUGGAGUAGGACACUUCUAUCACAUAUUUUAUGAAGGUUGCUUAACAAAUUUCGAGAUUCGGGAAGAUGGAUCAGUCGAAGCUUCUCAGCUUUACCCAGAAGUUGAUUACACUCGCAUGGAUUCCUAUUUAAAUCAAUUUCUUUGAGCUGUAAUUCCCUGUUUCCGGCCAAUGCACUAGAUGCAAUUAUAUAUUUUAGUUUAAUAAUGAAUAAUAAUAUCCCCAUCUUGUUCUUGAACCAGACUUGAACAAGGGGCAGUUUUCAGA